AUGAGUAAACCAAAGUCGGCUAUUUCAAGUCUCUCUCCAAGUAAGGAGAUGAUGGACUUAAAGUCUUUAAAGCGCCAGAGAACUGUUGCAAAAACCAGCAUAGUGCGCAUAAAAACGGGUCUCCUUGAAAAGACCAUGUCGCUAGAUCCAAUCGAAUUGGAGUGCCGACUCGACAUAUUGAACUCCCACAGCGAAAAACUCAUGAAAUGUCAGUCGAAAAUUGAGGAAAUCGACGAAGAAGACAUUGCCCGUGGAGAGUUAGAGGGCUUAAUUGUAGAAACAAAGUCCAUUAUAAAGUCCAUUCUGGCGAGAAAUAAAUCGUCAAUUGCCGAAACAUCUUUUACUGCACCUCACAGCUCGCGACUACCAAAAAUGUCGUUACCUACGUUCAAAGGAGAAUAUUCCGAGUUUAAAAACUUUAUGAGUCUGUUUGAGAGUUUCGUGCACAAUGAUCCCACAAUCCCGGAUAUUGAUAAAUUUAAUCAUUUAGUAUCAUGUCUAUCCGGUGAAGCCUUAGGCACAGUGAAGUCCUUCCAAAUGUCGGAAGAAAAUUAUCCAAAGGCGUUGGCAAGUUUGAGAAAGGUGUAUGACAAUAAAUGCCUGAUAUUCUUUAAUACAGUGUCUAAACUUUUUGAAUUGUCAAAAAUCCAAAGGCCUUCUGCGUCGUCUUUGCGAUCAAUGAUCGAUACAGUGUCUGCAGUAUAUGACUCCCUCUUAUCGCUGGGUGACGAUAAACUUAUUUCAAAUGCGAUGUUGAUUCACAUAGUCAUGUCGAAGGUUGAUCCCACUACUCGGUCAAAGUGGGAGGAGCAACUUGACUAUGAUAAACUGCCGCUUUGGGCUGAGUGUGAAGCUAUGCUAAACAAGAGAUACCAGCAUUUAUCAGCUGAAGAAGCUUCCUCAUCCCAACAAAGGCCAAACAAUGAAGAUACGCGUCAGAAAACAAAAAAUCAACAACUGCGACACUCAAAGAUAACAUUUAUCGCGACGAAUUCCAAACUGUCGACUUGUCUUCACUGUGGUUCUAAGGAUCAUUAUUUGACAGCUUGUCCAAAAUUCCAAGCACUUACUGCACUUAAAAGAUUUGAAUUAGCAAAAUCUAUUUCCCUGUGCAUAAAUUGCUUGCGCAAGGAACAUACGGUCUCAAAGUGCAAAGCAGAUCGCUGUGGUGUAUGCAACCGUUCGCAUCACACCAUGUUGCAUCAAUAUCCGAUCUCCUUUGAGACCGAGCCUCAACCUUCGACGUUACAGGCCAUGCAUAUUAGCAGCCUGUCUGACCGAGUCAUGUUAGCUACAGCCGUUGUUAAUGUAAAGGCCAGCUCCGGUGUUUACGUGUAA